GUGAAGUGGGGUAUACGGCUGAGGUUACUCCUUUUUGACAAGAUGCACUUUACUUCUUACUCUCUCGCACUCUCUCGGAGUAGCAGAGGUUCCUCGAGUUGUUGUCGGAAACCGAAACAGCUGGGGUUCGUAGUACCUGGGCCUGCCUGUAGGUGCAGUGGUUUAAAUAUUUCGGAGUAAUCAUCAACAAAUCAUUCCACGCUAAAUAAUAUAAGCCCAUAAGUUCGAUUGUUGGAGAAUACAACAAUUCGCGUUAUUUGCUGGGAAAACAAAUAUUUGUUGGGAUUAAUAUCACUCGGGGAAGGAUAAUAUUGGGGAAUUUUCGUUUUGGAGCACGGAUGUGAUAGGCGGUGAUAGGUUAAGUGACAGCUGAGGACAGCACCUGCACCAUCAAUUUUGGAGCAUUUGUUUACAUUGAUAGGUAACAAUGGCUCUUGCUAAUAUCUCUGGUAUCCCUGAUAAACACUGGCAGCCUCCUUUCGUCAAUUUGGAAACUACAAUGGGAGAAAUUGUGAUUGAGUUGUACUGGAAGCACGCGCCGCUCACCUGCAGAAAUUUCGCUGAAUUAGUGAGGAGGGGAUAUUACAAUGGAACGAAGUUUCACAGAAUCAUCAGAGACUUCAUGAUACAAGGUGGAGAUCCCACUGGAACUGGAAAGGGAGGGGUGUCUAUUUAUGGAGAGUGCUUUGAUGAUGAAAUUCACGAUGAUUUAAAACACACAGGUGCAGGAAUCCUGUCAAUGGCGAAUUCAGGGCCAGAUACAAAUGGCUCGCAAUUUUUUAUAACUUUAGCUCCAACCCAGUGGCUCGAUGGUAAACAUGCCAUUUUUGGGAGAAUACACACUGGAAUGAAUGUUGUCAAACGAAUUGGCCUCGUCGAAACUGAUAAAAACGACCGACCAAUCGACGAAGUCAAGAUUGUCAAAGGAUCAAUAAAAAAUGCUUGAAAAAAUUAACAAUUAACGUUGUCUUUAAUAAACUUGAUAAUUUUGUCAAUCAA